GUUGCUUAGGUACAUACACAACAACAGAUCAAUAGAUCUAGUCACAAUUGCCAGAGCAUCUCCAUUGUAUAUAUAGUCAUUAUAAUUAUGGCAAAGAGUGAGAGAUUGGAAGAUACAUAGCUCAGUUAGCUAGCCAGUAUCAAGACUUACAUUCACUAGUCUGAAAUUGCAAAAACAGUAUCAUUCUGGAAUAGAAUGUGCACAAGAUCAAGAUUUUUGUUGACUAUUCUUCUAGUGACUACGUGUCUGGAUGUUGGUGUACAAGGCAUGCAUACGUUAGGCUGUGUCCAAGGUUACCAGCAAGUAAUCUCCUACAACAGUAGCCUACUCUCCCCCUCAAACAUCACUGCCACUGAUGAAGACACUAACAUCAACCCCGACGAUUACCUCUUCCACCGAAACAACGUUCCCCUACGCCUCUGGUGCUCAAGACCUCUCCUCAACAACAGUAAUAACUCGAGACAGCCACUCAAACUAUCUAUGCUUCAACACGUACAGGAACUAAGCAUCCACGUCAAUUUGACUAGAGCAGUACUCAUAACUCAGAUCGGUUCCUCCGGGUUUAGUAACGGGUUUGUGAACAACUUUACCCUAUCAUACGGAAUAUCUGAAUCACGGAAUACAUCAGUGUACGCACAGGAGGACUUAGACAAUGCACAGGGAUUCAUUGUACGACGGAUAGACACAGUAUUUACACUAGACCAUCCAUUUAUGGCCUCCUGGCUCAACUUUCAAAUCAAAGAUGGCAUUGUCUCUCCUAGCGGGCGCAUUUGCUGGCACCUCAGUCUAUUUGGAUGCCCACUGCAAUACAUCAUAACCCGGCAACUAGAGACAACAGAAAGUCAUCUGACAUCAACAAUAACCAUACCAUCAACAACAGUAGACACACUCCAGCCAACGUCAUCACAGUCAUCACUACACACCCACUCCACCUACACGUCAUCACAACACACCCACUCCACCUGCACGUCAUCACUACACACCCACUCCACCUACACCACCUCAAGCACUCACACUACUAGUACAGGUGUGCACACUGUAAGACCUUCCAUCGCUAUAACAGCUCCUACACCAAGGACAGUGGUCGUCAAGGACUACCAGAUCUUAGUGAUAGUAAUACCGACAGCAGUGUGUACAGUGUUGAUUGUACUGUGCAUAGUGGCAGUGGGGGUAUGCAUCUGUUGUUAUAACCGUGGCAAUAGAGGUUGGAAGGAUACUGGUCUCAGAGGCUCUCUCGGUACUGGUACUAACACACAGAGGGUGGUGGAGAAUAGAACACUGUACAAGUCAAACACCCCAUUGUUGCCCCUGACAACGCCUGAGGGGAAUCGUACAAUCACAACCAAUGAUGUCACAAAGCACAUCUAUCAAAACGUCCCACGAGAGCUGUUGCCAUCUAAAGAGAGCGGCUACUACGAGCCCAUUCGCCCAAUCAGCGAUGAUAGUUUGGAAUCUAAUGACAGUAUGGUGGAUAAUCCCACAUACAGUGUACCAUUUCUCGUGGGAAUCCCUCCCUCCCUCCAAGGACCACACCUCCUCCGAGGACCGCUACCCCCUAUACCUCAGACAGAGACAUCAACAAAGCCUGUGGGAGGAAACAGAAUUGCCAUGGUGAACAACGAGUGUUAUCGAACGCCUAAAGACACAGAUAUAAAUAGUAUACAAUCUUUCCCAGAUAAAUUACCCAAUGAUUAUGAGACACCCUUGUAGUUAGUAGCCUUAGGGCAUUUGUGUAUGUACAUGUGUGUGCGUCUUGUUUGUCUGGAGUUACUACAUGAACAUCAUUUUAAGUUGAA